ACGUAAUCGCUUUGACGUUGUAGUUCACAAUUCGGAGCCGGCCAGAAUGCAAACUCCGGAAAAAAUUGUCCUUACCUUAGUGUUUUUAUUGGGUAUCUCCCAAUUGUAUGCAGAUUAUGUAGGAGAUAUUUGUUAUCAUAAAAUAAAAAAAGCUUCAGGAAAAUGUAUAACAGUAGCAGAUUGUCCUCAAGCUAUUAGUGAUUUAAUGAGUAAUAUUCAUCCUCAAAUAUGCGGAUUUAUCGGUGACAUAUCUUUGGUUUGUUGCGCGUCCGCUGACUCACAAAAACCUGUAACGAUAACAACAACGACCACAUCAACAACCACGAGAACAACGACCACAAUUAAAACAAAACCCAUUUUAAACAGAGUUGCUGGAGAUAAGAGUCGAGAAAAAUGUAAAGAAUAUGAAAAUUUGGCUUAUCAUUUUGAAAGGCCACCAACGUUAAUACCUGGACAGCAAUUUUUAAAACGAAGUAAAUGUCCUUGGAGUCCUCUAGUAACUCCUGUUAUCAUCGAUGGAGAACCAGCAAAAUUAGGGGAAUUUUCUCAUAUGGCUCUUUUAGGUUACGACACCGGAAAUGGUAUCACGUGGGAUUGUGGCGGAAGUUUAAUCAGCGAAAACUUCGUUUUAACCGCUGCUCAUUGUCUUUAUUCGCGUAACUUCGGUUCCCCAACAGUUGUAAGAGUCGGCGAUUUAAAUUACACAGAUCCCAAUGAUAAUCAAUACGCGCAAGAAAUUCCUGUGGAUAGAUUCUAUGAAAACCCAGGUUAUCUUCCACCCACUGACUACAACGAUAUUGCUCUUUUAAAAUUAGUUAGACCAGUACAAAUGAAUGAAUUUUUAAAACCAAUUUGUUUAUGGACUAAUCCCAAAACAAGCGAUGUAGAUAAGGUUAUUGUAACUGGUUGGGGUCACACUGAAUAUGCAAAUGAAGCGUCUAAAAGUGAUUUGUUAAUGAAAGCUGCGUUAGAUGUUUUUACAGGAUCUCGAUGCAACAAAACCUAUAGUAGAGACACCGUUAAAUUACCUAGAGGAAUCGAUGAUGAGUUACAAAUGUGCGCUGGAUCAUUCACUGACAACAAAGAUACUUGUCAGGGAGAUUCUGGUGGACCAAUUCAAAUCCGCAGUUCAGAAUAUCAUUGUUCUUAUUACAUAUUAGGUGUAACGUCAUUUGGGAAACAAUGCGGUUACAAGACAAUUCCUGCCGUUUACGCAAAAGUCUAUCCACAUUUAAAAUGGAUUGAAGAUAUCGUUUGGCCCUAUUCAUUUCGGUUUUAUCUGGUAAAAAUGAAACUUGCGUUGAUUUUAGUUGCAUUCGGUGCUAUCUUUAAUUGUGUUUCAUGCGAAGUCGGAGAACCUUGCAAAAAGGGAAUUUGUAGAAGUGUUGAAGACUGCGAACAAGCGUUAUUAGAUUUAAAACGAGGUGUUUCGCCUACUCUUUGUGGUUUUAUUGGGAAACAAUCUCUUGUUUGUUGCGGGUUAACAUCGUACAAAAUUGGAGAUAUCGCUAAAGAAAAAUGCGAUGAGUAUAGCAACAAAAAAUUUGUUGUACGAGAAAUUGUUGGCGGUGUCCGAUCUUCACCAUCACAAUUUUCUCAUAUGGUCGCUUUAGGUUAUGGAGAAGAAACAAAUAUUCAAUGGAAUUGUGGAGGAUCACUUAUAAGUGAAAAUUUCGUUUUAACAGCAGCACAUUGUCUUUAUUCGAGAGAUUUUGGUGAUGUUAAAUACAUAAGAGCAGGAACAAUAACUUUAAACCCACCGGACACAACACAUCACGAUUUUAAAGUAAUCCAAUCAAUUCCACAUCCCAGUUACACCCCUCCAAUCCACUAUGAUGAUAUUGCUUUAAUAAAACUAAAUGCAUCAAUUGAAAUGACUAUUAGUGUUAGACCAGCGUGUCUUCAAACUUCUUCAAAUGUAAUUAAAACGUUUUCGGCAAUCGGAUGGGGUUUUCUUUAUAAUGGAGGAUUACCAAGUAAUCAUUUAAUGGCAGUUGAUUUAGUUCAAUAUCCUUAUGGUCAAUGUAACUUAACUUAUUCAAGAGAUUUAAGAACUUUACCAAAGGGAAUUCAAGAGGAUUCAAUGAUAUGUGCUGGAGGGAAAGAGAAUGAAGAAAAAGAUACAUGCCAUGGUGAUUCAGGUGGACCUCUUCAAAUUACAACAUCUAGGCAUCAUACAUUAAUUGGUAUCACCUCCUUCGGAAAAAUUUGCGGUGUACAGAACAUACCGGGAGUUUAUACAAAAAUUUCAAAUUAUAUUGAAUGGAUUGAAAACAUCGUUUGGGCUUAAAUCGUACUUCUUGUUAUUGAA